CACUAUCACUUUUUAAUAUUUGUCUUCUUCUUGUCUACUACACAACACGGCUGCCUCCCUUUUCCUUGCCAAAAACCCUAGCAUAACCGUGCACGACUGCAUCCAUUUCCCUUGCAAAAAAAAAAUCAUGAAAUUUGUUUAAAGAAUUCGUGCACGUCUGCCUCCCUUCCAUAUUUCUUGAAGAAAUCGUGUAAAGAACCGUGUAAAACAACCGUGCGUGCAUCCCAUAGCAAACAACCGUGUAAACAAAUCGUGCUAUCCAUAUUAUUGUUCUAAAAUUCACCAUGACCGAUAGUGAAACUCAAUCGGAAUACGAGAUGGAGGAAGAACCGGCACGAGAGCAGCCUCACCGGAGUAAUUCGAAGAAAAAAGAGCUAUAUCCGGCGUCGCCUCCAAUAUUGUAUGUAUUUCUUUCUUGAAGACACAUCAGCUUAUGUUGGCCGAAUAUUAUGAUGGUGGAAGAGUUAGUAGUUAGUAGUAUAAUCUCUCACUGUAACUUCAAAGUUGGGACUUGCCCAGAUCUGCAGUGUUUCGUCUCUGUCCCAAAGUAGAACUCGAACAUUAAGGUCAAGUUGGUCUCCUUGUAAAUCAUGUUGUUCUUCUACUAUCUUUUUAGCUGACACUACCGCUGAUUCACAGCAAUAUUCCAAAGUAAUUGAUUUCAGCGUUGCUAUUUCUCCAACUGCGAAGACGAAGCUCGUGGAGAACUGGAAAGUGGGAGCUCUCUGCCAUCGUCCAACUUUUUAGACGGUAACGCCCAUCCAAUAAUAGUAGCUUGAGGCUCUGGAAUUGGCCCUCAAUGGUGUCCCACUUGCCUGUUUUGAAGAUACCACCAUAUAAUUAUAACAUCUGAAGAAGGGGCAACCACGCUAUCUUUUGCAGUAUCUCUACCAAAUACAGAUUAUAAGAGCCAUAGAGGAAACUAAUCAUCUGCAAAUACUCUUCAUAUUCAUCAUAGAAGAUAGCUCAAACAGUUUGCUAUCUCCAUUCACCACUUUCUGAUUUCAUCCCCCAAACAUACCACGUCAAAUCUCCAUUGCUAAUCAACACUGAUAUCAGAUAAUACAAGUUAUGUUCCGUCAAAGAAAAAGAAGGGAUUAUACUCUUUGUAAGGAUCUGGGUCUCAAUAUCCAUUGUCAAAACGAUGUAACCAACGGAGAAUUAGAAUUAGACAAAACAUUCAACACUUGAACGUUGAUUCUGGAAAUAAACGAAUUUUAGGCGCAAAUAAUGGCAUUUACUCCCAUUUUCGGGUGAGUUUGUGUAUAGGAAAUGGGCACGGCGUGAGUGAGGGAGAAUAUAUACAAACAACACAAAUGAAAUGAGACAAAAAAGUUUGGGGAUCGUCUACUGUUAAAUGGGCCAUGUUUUGGGUUUUAGGUUUAUUUUCGGUUUUGGCGGGAAACUGCUGGCAUAUAUUUGGGCCCACCGCGUGUAAUUCUUUUACUCCGCCGCCGCCGCGCUUUACACCGGAAAUAGAGAGGCUCAAAUGCCUCGUAAGAAACCAGUCUUCCGCAAGCCGCCACCGCGCCGCUGCUGCACCGACGGCAGCGUUUCGGAUCCGCAUUCCAACAUUCUUAGUAGAGAAUCGAUAAACAUAGAGUCCUUCCCCACAGACCUAUUGUUCGAAAUCCUCCUCCGUUUGCCGGCCGAUCAUCUCUACCAGAGAGCGAGGCUCGUGUGCCGGCGGUGGUACCACAUUAUCCAUUCUCAUGCCUUCAUCAACGCGCAGAUGCACUGCUCUACCUAUGGACUCCUCCUAUCACCCCUAAACUGGAGUAAUACUCUGCCACUUUAUGUAACAGCCGACGCAGACGGUGGAAUCCACACAUCUGACCUAAAUCACAUCUCCAAAUUGGAAGUUCUUGCAACCAGCUGCAACGGUUUGGCUCUGGAGUUUGAUUUCAAAGAUCGCCUCCUUCGCCUCGUGAAUCCAGCAAAGAAGCAGUCACUCCUCCUCCCACGAUUGACUAGAGGCGCAACCUAUGCCUGGCCCGAGUAUGGUUUUGCAUACUCUGCAGCUUCCUUGGCGUAUAAAGUGAUUGCACGGUACACUGUUUGCCACUCGCCACAACGCCUACAAACUGACUAUGGCCUUGACGUGCUCACUGUUGGAGUCAAUGAGUCCUGGAGGCACGUCGAGGUUCCCCACCAUCUCAGCCCAUUUUUCUUCAACAAGGCUCCCUUGACUACUGAAGGUUUCAUGCAUUGGGGAAGGGGGAGAUACUGCGUGACGAUGGAUGUGGAGACGGAGAUCAUUACACUGAGUGAAGCCCCUUAUCAGUACGAUGAAAGCGACUAUAAUUAUCUGUCAACUGGGAGGUGUCUGUCUCUCCUGGUUGCUUGUGGGUAUCUCUCGUGGGAGGUUUGGGAGUUGAAGGCAGAGACCGGCGAGUGGAGGAAGGCGCUGCCCAACGUUUACUUGGGAGCUGAGGAAUGGAGGAUUCAACAGUUGGUUCCUCAAGAUGCUCCUCAAGUUCUUGUGCCACUUGGUUGGGUUAAAUAUCCACAGGUUUUGGCGUUUCGUUUUGGCACCUAUUUUUCUUGGAAGCAAUGGCGGCCUCCUUGCAUUUUCUACAAUCUUGAUACGCAUCAACUCCACUCCACAAAGCUACCACAAUCCUAUACUGGUGGUUAUCAAGCUUUUCCGCAUAAGAAUAAUCUGAUAUGACUAAGUUAAAAGAGCUUAUAUAUCAUAUAUAGAGAUACAUUAUUGUUUAUAGCGUUUAAGAUUAUUUGCAGAUAUAGUAUGUAUUUCUUUCUUCAAGA